AUGGCCGGGACAUUCAUGGGUGGCGCCCCAUACGGAGAUGAGACCGUGGCACUCCUCGAUAGAGUGCAAACCAAAGAUGACUUUCAUGCCAAGAGGUGGCGAUGCUUGUCGCACCCCACCCGUGCAUUUGAAACCUUAUCACCAGUGUCCAUUCUUGAGAUCGGCAUCUUGAAUGCGCGUGACCUUGCCGAAAGAGAGGCCGGCUUCAUGCGCGCCGACACCACAUCAGAUGCCUACGUCCAAGUAGUGCUCGAUGACCAGGAGCUGGAGAAAUGCAUCACACCAGUUGCUAGGGGGAAAAAGCAGCCAAUGUGGCUCUACCACUGCGAAGUGGAUAUUCUCGCUCCUAUGUCGAUGCUUCGCUUGCAGGUGUUUGACGACCAACCAACGGAGAAGGUGGAGAUCGGCUUCGUGGACAUUUGUGUAGGCGACAUUCCAUAUGAUCAGCCUAUCGAGGGAUGGUUCGAGUUGCGCUUCCAGGACAACUUUCAAUCCACAAGCGUGGACCGCUACCUCCACCAUUGUGAGAUGCGCGAGGAAACGGUAAGCCAGCGCGAGCUUGAAGAGGAGAUGGCUAGCUUGCUGAUUGAUCCUUUCCCUGUCGGCACAGAUGGGAGCAACGCAAGCCCCGACCCCAAUGAGAAGAUUGUGAUGAAGAAGCAGUACUUUGCCUCCAGCAAGGAGAGAGCUAUGGACGCCUUCCAAGCUUGCGUUGUCUCCACUGCAGACCGUGCCGAGGAGUAUGGCUUCCAAGCCCUCAGCGCGAGCCUGAAGGAGGGCACCAAGGAUAAGUACCGCAGCAACAACGGAGAGCUGUAUGUGUCUCUGAAGCUGAAGAACGUAGUGUCCAGCUCCGACAGCCUCUUCGCCUUGGCUUUGGAUGCGCCGCCGCCGGUCAACCGCGGGAUUCGGGAGACUACCGAGCUGAAGAGGACGCCCGACUUGCAGCAGUGCGCGGAUGAAGUGUGGGAGGUGAAAGUACAGUUGCUAGACGAUGCUUUGUGGUGUUGUUUGUAUGGCUUCAAGUACCUCAUCAGCUGGCGCUGCUGGCCCCUCUCCCUUCUCUACCUGAUUGGUUUGCUCCUGUGCUGCUACAAGUCGUACUGGUGGUGGGCCAUCAUCCCCGCAUUGUUGUCAGUCUCCCUGGUCAUAAAUUCCUUCCCAGAGCAGCGCAAGAAGAUGACCCGGGGAGGGCUGAAUGCAGACUUGACGGAAGAGGGCUUCAAGCACACAGCAGCCUGGCGCAACUCAGACGAAAUCCACACCUUUGUCGGGCGCUUGCUCACGGAAGACAUGAAGGCAAGGCUGGACAACCCGCGUGUCAACUCCUACAAGUUGCGUGCCUUCGCCGCUCAGUGCAUCCGCGACGGCGUGCCGACGGUGUCUUUGUCAGAGUUACGCCUCGCACUGAUGGCAGCACCUUUUGUAGUUGACGCGGACAACGUCCCAACCUUUGCACUCCAUGAGCACGUGUGGGUGGAUGGCCGGGAUCGCGGUGUCAUCACAGAGCUCACCGAGGUGCCCGAACGGAUCACCGUCGAGCUUCAGCCCACAUUGCUGAUCCCAGAAAAACGCGCAAAGGUGGUCCACCAGCGCCAGCUCACCAAGAGAGGAGAGAGCAUCGGCAACCUUCCCAAGUGGGCCACCGACUUGGUGAUGUCCUCAGCCAUGGUGCAGAUCUAUCCUCCGCUUGAGGGCCUCCGCCUUGGCUUAGUGCCAGCCAUCAGCGCGGUGUCGGACAUCCUCACCUGGAAGAACUCCAAAGUCGCUACAAUCCUGCUCGUCGUCCUCAUCGUGAUCUCCGCAGUGUUCACUUGGGCGGGUCUGAUGCAUGUACUGAACAGCGAGCAGAAGGGAAACAUGUCCCACAGCCAAGAGGUGGUCAUCCUGGUCCUCAGGAGCCUUGACAACUCGAUUGCAGCAAUCGUCACCAUCGUGCUGUUCCUUUGUCAGGCAUGGUGGAUGACGCACUUCUCCGCCUUGAUGAAGAUCAUGCAGCGGCGUGGGCACAAGCUGCUGAUCUAG